CAAGACACCCGACCUUUGGCUCAGGUACCGCACCUUCUCUCUCUUCACUUCCAUCCUCUUUCACCCUUCAUCGCAAUCCUCAAGGCUCUCUCUCUUCCCUCUUCUCCUGCGUCCGAUCCCCUUGCCCCCUCUGCCCUUGUCCGCCUGACCUCCAACAUGGACUACUACAACGACCCGAUGGCCAUGUACAGGCAGGCCAUGGCUGCACAACGUGCUGGUGGACGCGCGCGGCGCUUCGACGAAUACUAUCGCGUCUACCCCACCGCCAUGAUGCCCGGCCCCGAACGCGAAUCCGUCAACCACGGUGGCAAGAUGUUCCUUCCCGCCUCCGCCCUCGACAAGCUCACCCAACUCCACAUCACCUACCCCAUGCUGUUCGAACUGGUCAACGGGGCAAAGGGAAAGAGCACGCACGCGGGUGUCUUGGAGUUCACAGCGGAAGAGGGUAGAUGUUACUUGCCCUUCUGGCUGAUGCAGACGCUGCAGCUGGAACCCGGGGACCUCCUGCAGACCAAGAGCACCGAUCUACCGCCUGGCCACUUCAUCAAACUCCAGCCUCAAGACACGAACUUCCUCGAAAUCUCCGACCCCAAGGCUGUGCUGGAGACGGCCUUUCGCAACUUCUCCUGCCUCACCAUCGGCGAUGUCUUUACGUUCAGCUACAACGACACCAUCUAUGAGAUUGCUGUCCUGGAAGUGAAGCCGGACGGAGACAAACACGCCGUAAGUGUGCAAGAGACGGAUUUGGAGGUCGACUUCGCGCCGCCGGUGGGAUAUCAAGAGCCCACGCGCGCCAGUGGGACGAGCACACCGCGGAGUAUAGGGAGCGAGAUGGCGCGGAAGGGGGGCAUGAUGCACGCGGAGGGCACCAUGGCACAAGCGAUCAACUACUCUGCCAUCGCCCCGUCUUCCGACACCGCGGCCAAGGGCCAUGCAAAGGCGAAUUCCAACUUUGCAGGCUCGGGCAACAAGUUGGUGGCGAAGAAGGGCAAGGCGUCGCUGACGGCGUCCCCCGCUUCUACCCCCGGCUCAAGUACGCCCGUGCUGGGUGCUGGCGCCUCCGGGCACUCUCCCCUUGCAAUUGCCGCGUUGAAGACCUCGGCGAAGAAACGCAACGGCCCACAACCCCUACGUCUACCGCCCGGAAAGCUGUUCUUUGGCUAUGAGAUCAAGCCCGUCAAGCGAAAGGACAACGAAGCAGAAGGAGAACAAGCGGAGAAGAAGCACUUCGCAGGCGAGGGGCAGAGUCUGCGGAAGAAGAAGUGAUGCUUGGCGACCAUUUGCGGUGUUUCGAUAUCUUAGCGUAGGCGCUGACGUUCUGGGUGGGAUAACAAUGGAGCAUCGGGGCCUCACGGAGGCUGGAAUGCUAGAGGUCAUCUAGAUAGCUUGCGUGUGAGUGCAAAUAAACUCCUAGACGUGCCGAGCACGGUUUCGCAUCUCGG